AUGGACGUCAAUACAAGUGAAAAAUGUUUUCCAGGUCGUUGCGAACGAAAAGAAGUUGUUGUCAUUGGGAAUGGUCCAUCCGCUAUUGUACUUUCAUAUAUUCUUUCUGGUCAUAUACCUUACUGGAAUGGUUGUCCUGUAUCAAAUGAUUAUCUUAAUAUGAAAUUAGAACAAUAUGUUAAGAAUAGUUCACUUCUUGAACAGGUCAGAAAUUUAGAAUUUUUAUCAAAUGGUCUUGAAGGUCGUUCACGAAAUCCUGUUUCUUUACUUAUUGAUAAUUUAAUUCAUCCUGAUGCUGAUCUUGGUGCACGUUUACAAUCAAAAAUAAAAUGGCGUCAUGAUCCAUCAUCAAGUAUUGAUCAUAUAUGUCUUGGACGAGGUGGAAUAGGUGGAAUUUGGAAUCAAUUAACAUCUAAACAUUUACAAACAGUAAGUAUGGCUGAUUGGAUGGAAUUACCUAAUUAUCCUUUUAUUACAUUUCGACAACAUCUUCGAAUGCAUCGAUGCCGUUUAUCAACAAAUAACGAACAAAUCAUAACAGAUGAUGAAAAUUCAAAACGAGCAACAUAUGACGAAAUUCGUUCUUAUUACAUACAUUAUGUAAAAAGAAAUCGUUUAAUAAAUUAUUUUCGUAAUGGCUGUGAAGUAACAUCUAUUGAACGUGUUUGUAUUGAUUCUUCAUAUUAUGAUGAUUUAACUGAAGAAAUUCGUACGCCCGAAGCCUUAUGGGAAAUACGUGGUUUUGAAGAACAAACAAAAAAUUUAUUUAUUAUUCAUGCUAAAUAUAUUGUUUUAGCAACAGGUAUUUCACAAGAAAUAACAAGACCAUUAGGUAUUAUUGGUGAACAAGUAAGUCAAUCAUUUACUUAUACAAAUUUACAUGAUAUUGAAGAAAUUAUUGUAAAUAAAAAACGAUUAAGAAAAAAUAGUAAACCAUUACUUGUUAUUGGAUGUGGUUUAACAGCUAUAGAUGUUAUUCUUCUAUGUCAACAAUAUUCAAUACCUAUUUUACAUGUAUUUCGUCGUGCUAUUGAUGAUCAUGAACUUGUACUUAAUCAAUUACCAGCUAAUAUCUAUCCAGAAUUUGAACGUAUCAAAGAAUUAAUUAAACAAUCAUCAACAAUAACAACAUCUACAUCAUCAGACUGGUUUUAUCAAUGUUGUGCACAAAGUGAAGUUAUUUCAAUAACUGAAGAUGGUACAGUCAAUAUACGUAAUCUUCGAACACAAAUUAUCAAAGAUUAUAAUAUCUCAUGUGUUGUUAGACUUACUGGUAAUGAAGUAAAAAUUCCUUUUCUUCGAUCAUUAACAACAAAAAAAUGUCCUGGUAUUAAUAUAAAUCCAUAUACAUAUGAAUGUAUAGAUUUUGAAAAUAUAUAUGCACUAGGUGCAUUAGCUGGCGAUAAACUUAUUCGUUUUUUACAAGGUGGUGCUCUUGCAUGUGCAGCAAGUUUAUUCAAAAAAUAUCGUCAAGCAUCAUCUAUUAAUCGACUAUCAUUUAAUGUUAGUUCAAGAACUAGAACAGUUCAAAUAAUCGAUUAA